AUGGAAGCUGUGUUGCUUAUUGAGGUAGAGAUCCCUUUUCUCAGUGUACUAAUAGAAGUAAAUGAGCAUGCAAUAUGCCCGUGGAAGUGUAAAGUUUCUUCCUUUCCAUGUGUAUUGGCUCAACCUCUUUUGCAUGCAGGUGGAGGUGGCCUUGUUGGUGGAGCAAGAGGUGAGCUAUGUGGUAGCCACAAGCUUGGUAGAGGUGCAGGAGGUGGAUUAAGUGGUGGUGGUGACCAUAGGCUUGGUGGAGGUGCUAGAAGGGGAUUAGGUGGUGGGCUUGGUGGAAGUGGUGGCAUUGGUACCGGUGGUGGAAUUGGUGGUGGAAGUGGUUUUGGAGGUGGAAUGCUCUAUGGUAGUGGUGGAGGCCCAGAGGUGGUGAAGGCCUUAGUGGUGGUGGUGCUGGAGGUGGAUGAGGGUUUGGUGGUGGUGGUGGAGUUGGUUGAGUUAAGGGUUGGAGCCGGUGGCAGAUUUAGCAAAGGUGGAGGUGUAGGUGGUGGACUUAAGGGUGGUGUAGGUGGCAGCUUUGGUGUUCAUGGGGAUGCUGGAUUUGGUGGUGGCGGCGGUGGUGGUGGACACUAA